CAACUUCAAGGCCUCUUUUUCUUGAGCACUGAUGAGGGCGUCUCGCACCUCUUUCCCUUCUCCCAAGAUGCGAGGCAGAAUCUGGAAGCCGGACACAUUUUUCAACAACGUGAAGGACGCGGAGGUGCACCAGGUCUCCAUGCCGAACAUCCUCCUCAGGAUCGGCAACACGGGCAACGUUCUUUACAGCAUGAGGACGACGUUGAAGCUGUCCUGCAUAAUGAAGCUACAGCAAUAUCCCUUCGAUUCACAAGUUUGCUACAUCUCCAUCAGCUCUUAUGCCAACACUGAUGACGUCAUCAAAUACCGAUGGGAGGAAAACGUGCCCAUCGAUCUCCCAGAUAACUUGGAGAUCGCGCAGUACGACCUCCUUGGUCACUCUACACACGAAGUCAAACAGGAGUUCGUCACAGGUAAUUUCAGCGGUCUGCUCGUAAACUUCAGUCUCCGUCGCCAAAACGGCUACCACGUCCUCCAGACCUACGUGCCCACCAUCCUCAUCGUGUCUAUCUCGUGGGUGUCCUUCUGGCUGGACCCGAAUGCCGUGCCCGGCCGAGUGUCCCUUGGUGUCACCACUCUGCUCACCCUCACCACCCUCGCCUCGGGUACCCGCGCUUCUCUACCGCCCGUGUCAUACGUCAAGGCUAUCGACGUAUGGAUUGGCAUGUGCAUGAUCAUGGUGUUCGGGGCGCUGCUCGAAUUCACGCUCGUCAACUGGCUCGCCAACAGGAAGGUCGCGAAGGACUGCCAACCCGUGUUCAAGAUCCCUAAACUGCUGGCCAGCUUCGAUGAAGAGGUGGGCUGGCAGAAGGAUCAGGAGGGAGAUGAGAAGGAGACAGAGAAAGGCGUAGAGAAAAGGGAACAAGCUGCCGCCCGCGCAGAGGAUGAGUUGCCCAAAACCCCAACCACCUACAUAGGCCACGCCCGCGCCCUCGACCGCCUGUGUCGCGCCGCUUUCCCGGGAGCCUUUCUGAUUUUCAACUUCGUCUACUGGCCAUACUACCUCACCCAGCAGACCCUGGAAGCAACCACCGCCUAAAUUUGCCGUUAACAACCGAUGGCGAAGUUCUCUCCAAAGUAAAGAUAACUUAUCUUUACCUUGGUUAUAUUUCCAAGGUUAGAUAACGCAAGGAAGCUGGAAUGAAAACUUAGAAAACAUGAAAUAUUACCAUUAUGGAUGCACUGCAUCCGUGGUAUAUUUAGACGAAUAACUGAUUUUAUGUUAGAAAACGAGAAGGCUAAACAAAAAGGGACAAACAAAUAAAGUGUUUGGCUAUAUAUGUGUGUGUGUGUGUAUAUA